UAGUGGGUUCGACUGCGCGGUGUGCGAAUAAUUUUCAGCAGCAGAGAGUCUGCUGCUGUGUUCUUAUUAAAUUAAUACAUUCCCCAGCGGGAUUUCACAGUGACAAUCGAGUGGAAGAGUUUUUCCCGUUUUCCCCGGAAUUCGAGGAUUUUCCAGCUGGAAUUUGUAACGUUCCAAACUGGGUUAGACGACGAGCGAGACUCGGGCCACUAUGUCGUAGUGCCUCUGCGGUAUAGAAUGUGACCUUUGGUGGAAAUUUGUUCUGUGAAGUCCGCAGAUUGAAGACGACAAGGAGGAGCGAAGAAAAGUGGAGAAAAUUUUGCAUAUUGUUUAGUGUUUCGAAAGGUAGAUUAUUGUGUGUUACGCGUUUCAAAACCGGGCGCGGUGAUUAGUCAUUUUUUUCGCUCUUGCCCGGACGGGCAGAGCCUACGUGAAGGAAUUCGCUGCUGUUUGGAAAAAGGAUUGCUGCUUGCUGCGGUGUUAUUGAUUGAUUUUGCCUGCUUUCACGAUGGCAGCCCUCCCGGAGUACGGGUUCCUGACCGGAGCGGAUGACCAGAAUAACGAGGAUGGCGCCUGUUGCCGCUUGCGGAUGAAGGUCAUUGCCGGACAUCAGUUAGCAAAAAAAGACAUUUUCGGAGCGAGUGACCCGUACGUUCGGAUCGACCUGAACACAAUCACCGGCGACGAGAACAUCGACUCCGUACUAACAAAAACGAAGAAGAAAACGCUGAACCCCCGCUGGGACGAGGAGUUCAUCUUCCGGGUGAAACCGAACGAGCACAAGCUGGUGCUGCAGGUGUUCGACGAGAACCGGCUGACGCGGGACGAUUUUCUCGGUAUGGUCGAGCUCAAUCUGGCCCAGCUGCCGAAGGAGUCGGCGGAUGGGCCACCGGUUCCGACCAAAAGUUACCCUCUGCGGCCCCGCAGGUCAGUAGGUGCUCGUUCUAAAGUGCGGGGGCAGUUGGACUUGUAUCAUGCGUAUAUCCAGGAUCAGAACGCCUCCGUAGAGACAGACUGGGAACUCAUUGAAUCGAAUAAUUCAAUCUCUAGUAGUUCGAAUACCGCCAGCGGAAGCGGCAGUGCAGCUGACGCGUUACCUUUAAACUGGGAAGAGCGGCAGGAUGCCAACGGGCGCACCUACUACGUGAAUCAUCUCGCGCGCUCGACACAAUGGGAACGACCAACCGCCGCUUUAUCGCAAUCCUCGCAGGACAAUGACAUGGCGGCUGCCUUCCAAAGACGCGUUCAUAUCAGCGUGGACGACAACAUUACGGAUACCGACAACCCGAGCUUGGAUCACGAAUCGAUCGGUUUGGCCCGAGAGGGCGGUUGCCGCAACGAGGUUUCAGAGGAUCGUCAUUCUUGGUUUUGUCGCAGCCAAACAAUCGAUUCACGGUCCUCUCCGGUUGUGGAAGGUGAAAAUGCUGAUGGAGCAGCAGGAGAAGAAGUACUUGAGUGCGGUCGGUUAUCACCGGAAGACGCCGUCGAUGUGCUCUACCUAGAUCUGGAGACCAAUGAAGAGGCGAGUACAGUGAGCCUCUCGUCGGAACAGGCCGCAGUUAGGUUGGACGCUUCGUUGAACAGUUCCAUUUCUUCACUGGCAGCGGAUUUGAACGGUAGAAUCGGCGACGGGUCGGUAGUGCUCCGUUCGGAAUCAUUACAGUCCCUGCCGACUAUUCGUGUCAGUUCGCCGCCCCAUUUGCCGGCGGCACUGGUGCGCAGUCCAACGCGGGUUGCCUCGUUGGCACACCCGACCGCAUCCGGCGUUAGUCGAAGAAGAAGACUCCCGGUGGCGUUUCCGCCACUCGUGCCCCGACAAACCAGCGUCGAUCUCAGCCCGGAUCAGGACCAGGAGGAAAAUCCUCCUUCACCGCGAGACAUUCCAGAGCUGAAUGAAGAUGGGGUCCCGGGUGGAGAGGACCCGGAGCAUGUGGCGCAGAACCGAGUUUUGCAGCACCUGAACGAGGUUACCCGACGUUCCUCGAGUCGUUCGUCAAUCGGUAGUGACAACAGUGCUCGGGGACCAACGUCCGUUGGCAGUGGGGGACCUCCCACUGUCGAAGAUGAAGCUGAUGGAGGCGGAGGUGUGAGCGCCAGAAGACGAUCAUCCACAAACAACAACAACGACGCCGGAGACGAUCGCUCGUCAACGCGUUCCUCCACCUCCAAUGAGAACGAUUCGUCCAGCAGUAGUCCAGCCAAUGCUGAAGCAAUACUACCAACCGGGUGGUCCAUGCAGCUCGCCCCCAACGGCCGGGUUUUCUUUAUCGAUCAUAAUGAGAAGAAGACGUCCUGGGUGGAUCCACGAACGGGCCGGGCAAGUCCAAUGCCAAACUCGUGGAAUAAUUCGGCUGGUAGUGAUGCGAGACGACCCGAGGAAGGGCUGGCACCGCUGCCCGAAGGAUGGGAGGAACGGGUACACACUGACGGAAGGAUUUUUUUCAUCGAUCACAAUACCCGGACCACACAAUGGGAGGACCCUCGUCUGUCGAUGCCAAACGUUGCCGGACAGGUGGUUCCCUAUUCCCGAGAUUACAAGCGAAAGUAUGAGUACCUUAAGGGACAGCUGCGGAAACCGGCGAACGUUCCGAACAAGAUUGAGAUUAAAAUCCGCCGGGCGUCCAUCCUGGAGGAUUCCUACCGGAUAAUCAAUUCCAUCACGAAAGUCGACCUGCUGAAGACGAAACUGUGGAUCGAGUUCGAGGGGGAGGCCGGACUGGACUACGGUGGGCUAGCUCGCGAAUGGUUCUAUCUGCUGUCGAAGGAAAUGUUCAACCCGUAUUACGGAUUGUUUGAGUAUUCGGCCAUGGAUAACUACACCCUGCAGAUCAACCCGUUCAGUGGGUUGUGCAACGAGGAUCAUUUGCAUUACUUUAAGUUUAUCGGUCGGGUCGCGGGGAUGGCCGUCUACCACGGCAAGCUGCUGGAUGCGUUCUUUAUUCGGCCGUUCUACAAGAUGAUGCUGCAGAAACCAAUCGACCUGAAGGACAUGGAAUCCGUGGAUAUGGAAUACUACAACUCGCUGCUGUGGAUCAAGGAAAACGAUCCGAACGAGUUGAUGCUGACGUUUUGCGUCGAUGAGGAAACGUUCGGCUACACGAGCCAGCGGGAACUGAAGCAGAACGGAGCCGACAUCGAGGUGACGAACGAAAACAAAGACGAAUACAUAAAGCUGGUGAUCGAGUGGCGCUUCGUAGCCCGCGUGAAAGAUCAGAUGCAAGCGUUCCUGGAAGGGUUCGGUCAAAUUGUUCCGCUGAAUCUACUUAAAAUUUUUGAUGAAAAUGAACUCGAGCUGUUGAUGUGCGGCAUCCAGAGUAUCGACGUGAAGGACUGGAAGCGAAAUACGCUGUACAAGGGUGACUAUUUCGCAAAUCAUGUGAUUAUUCAGUGGUUCUGGCGAGCGGUGCUGUCGUUUUCGAACGAAAUGCGUGCCAGGCUACUGCAGUUCGUAACCGGCACCAGUCGGGUGCCGAUGAAUGGCUUCAAAGAGCUGUACGGUUCUAAUGGACCGCAAAUGUUUACGAUCGAAAAGUGGGGAACACCGGAAAACUAUCCGCGGGCGCAUACUUGUUUCAACCGAUUGGACUUACCCCCGUACGAGAGCUAUCUGGCGCUGAAGGAUCGUCUGAUCAAAGCCAUCGAAGGAAGUCAAGGAUUCGCUGGUGUAGAUUAAAAGCGCUCAUCAACGCGCACCCCGCAAUGCAUGUAAAUAUUGACAAUGCCACCCACAAAAAGGGUGGACCAGCCCAGUUUCUCCUGCUUCCCCUGCCCUGCCUCUUUCUUCGCUACUUAGUAACGAAACAUGACAAUCCUGUGCCAACGAGGCGCGCACGCAAGAAUCCAACAAACAAAAAAUUCUCUUCUACCUGCCAAAUCUUGUACUUGUAUUCCACGACGGUCUUUGAGGCACGUAUUCGGGUAAGUCAGGUUUUCCUCUGCAUUGUGUUCUGUAAUAGCUGAUACCGAAGUAGCGAACAUUGUUUAUACAAGAACAAAAAACCGUUUUCUCUCCAUCACCAAAACAAACACACACACACACACACAUAAUCAUAUGCCUUAACUGAAAAGAGCUCUAAUAUUUAUACACUUAAAUCGUUUUGGGCCUACUUUGCCACCUGAACCCCCCCACCACCUACACGUUUCGGACCGGGUGCCAGGGUUGUUAGUUGCCUGUUUUAAAUCAAAACAAAAUCGACUUGUUGAGAGUAUUCAGUUGACCGUUUUUUCCUCCUUCGGAGAUUCCGGUUCGGUUAGCUUUCCCUGCUGAAACUAGUGUGCUAGAGAAAAAGAUAGAAAAACACUCGAACCUCGUCGCGUGUGAUUUUGGUGGGAUUGUCGUCGCAAAAGUUGUCCCUGGAGGUAGCUCAUAUAUUUCACUUUAGUCAAAAAUGAACGCAUGGAAUUUGACGCAGAGUUCCCCCUAGUGAAGAACUUGUCAUUUUGUGAUGAAACGAAGAGAAACGGGAGAAUUGUGUUUAAGAAAUGAGAUAGUAAAACGAAACACGACGAGCGUUCGGAGUUGAAAUCAAAGAAAACAAAAACUAUUGUGUAGCUAAAUAUUUUCAAAGUAUUUUUAAUUCUUAUUAGAUAAGAAUAUAAUAAACGAUUAUAAAGAUUA